AUGGCUUCCGCUUCAGUUGUGAAACGCUCUGUGUUAAAUGUCGGUGGAAAAUCGUUUGACGUGAUUCUUUCUCAGACGCAACUGUCUUGGGGCCAUGUUGGUAUUGAGGAUUGCAGACUAGGUAAUGAAAUCAACUUUUUCGUCGAUGAUUAUAUAAUUACAACCCAGAAUUUCCGCUUAUAUAUUUAGUUGAGCUUUAUCUGUAAACUAUACAUUUGAUUUUGGCUUCAUCUAGGGCAGUUUCCUGGCUGAACUUUUUUUUGACAUGUAUAAUUUCAUUAAUAUAAGAUGGGGUCAAUUUAUAAUAGAUUGAUCUCGUCCGUCUUGCAAAUUACCUUAAAUACAAAACCGAAUUUUUUCUAUUAUUUCACUUUCAUCCACUUGACUAUGCUCUUGAUCGAAGUUUGCUGCUGUUGAUAGUUAUCCACUUUUUCUACUGUGAUUUCAGAUUUAAUAUUAUUAUUUUUGUUCUCUUGUAUUUUAUAUUAUAACAGUAUAUCCAUUUUCCACUGCACUUUCUGCGUUCUUGAUUAGGACAAACAACAUACCCUGUAGGUUUUAAAAUUUCAGUUUCAUUUUUCUCUACGUACUGCUUUAUAAUUGAAUACCCCUUUAUCAUUUCAGCCUUUUUUUUUUCUGUCCGAGCAAAAUCGGUUGCUCAGCAGUGUCUGACAUCCCCAACCAUCAAAAUUUGAGUUUGCAUGUGUCAGGAGUGAUUGCCGAUCAUCCCAGACUUUAGGCGAUACUUAUUAUUUUGAUUAUUGGCAAAUCUAGGACUUUUGGGAAAUAAUAAAAUCCCCAUUCAUCUGGGAUUUUCUCAGCACAUAAUAACAAGGCUUCAAGAUUAGUAACCUUGUAAAACUAUAGCAAUACAGUAAAAACCCACGUAUAAGAAACUAGUGAUUUAAGAACCUACAGGCUGAAAUUUUGCAUUUUAAUACCCAAAUAUAUAAGAACCUAUUCAGCCUGACAAAGAAAAAUAGGUUCCUAUAUAAAAAACACUCCAGAUUUGAUGUUCAAAUUCUGGAUUUUAAUUGUGAAAAUUUUUGUGGUGUACUGCUUUUUAGUCUUACCAAAAAGAUAUUAUUCAUUCCAUAAAACUUUGCUGUAGUUACAAACACAAAAACUGUACAGUACAUUUAAAAAUCAAAACAGUUUUUUUUAAUACAAUAUUAAAAAAUACAGGACUUUUCUCUUGGACCAUGAUACAGGACUUGUUUCGACAACAAGGCUUGACAUUUUUGUAAAUGCUUAGCAAUUAUAGCAUAUUAGUACUAGUCUAUUACAGUUCCCCGAAUGCUAUCACUAUGAUAACUUUUGCAAAAUAAUAAGAACCUACUAAGAACCUAAUCAGCCUGUUAUUGGAAAAAAUACCCCAAAAUAUAAGAACCUGUUCAGCCUGAACUCCAAAAUUCUAGGUUCUUAUAUGCGAGUUUUAACUGUAGUUGAUGUUUAUAAACAUUUAUUUUGUCCUUUUAAUUCAUCAACCACUAAAAUGAAAGAACCCAUUGUUUUAAAAGCUGAUGUGCCCUUGGAUAGCAAUACCAAUAGGUCAGAAUUAUUGUGAAUUAUUGCUCCUGAAAUCCUAGGCUUGUAUGAGCCAUUGCAAGGGAAAAUGAGCCCACACUCAUCUCCCCUUUCUUCAGGCAGCGGAUCAAAGACCAGACUUGGGAGAUCUCUGAAAAUCAAGCCUGUAUUUUGUAUUCGUAUAUUGUUAUUUUCUUUAUUUAUUUUAUAUUACAGGCCAUUUAAUUUAUAUUACAGAUAGUUUGAAGACAUCAUUCAUAAUACUAAAAUAUCAGAUUACAAGAAUAAAAUGAGAAGGACAAGAUAUAGUGAAACUAAUUACACACCCUGUGCUUAAAUUACAGUUUUAUUUAGGAUAAAUGAGAAAAAAAAGUGUAUAAAGUAUGAAAUACAAAAGAGAGGGAAAAGCAAAUUACACAAAAAUAUAAAUUAUACGAGGGUCGGUGUGGCGGUGAUUACUACUGAGCAAGCUAAUAGUAAAAAAGUGCUCUUUUAAACAAUUUUUUAGUUGUGUUUUUACGUGUAGAUAAAGGAAAUCAAGCCUACCAAAGUCCAUUCUCAGGUGAAACCAGAUUUUCCUCCUAUGAAGAUUUAGGGCUAGGAAUCAAAGGGAAAUUCUAAACCAACUAGGUUUCCAACUGGUUUAAACUAAAAACAGAUUUACUUAAAAUCUUCAAACCUCUAAUUCUGUUCCUUCCCAUUAUGUUUAUGAUGAUUAUUUUUGACUUGUGUAAUUUGUGUUAUUACAGCAAAUGCAUCCUUCAAGAGGUCCUUGCAGUUAGCUGAGGUAUUUGCUGUUGUCCCAAAUAGCCCUAAGUCUUCCCUGUCCACUGAGGGAGAAAUUGAGUUGGUAUCGCUGAAAAGCUCGUCAUUUUGUGUCUAUUCAAUAAAAAGAUCAAGAAAACACAAGUGGAGAGAGAAAGCAUUUGUGUUUGAUUGUGAAGAUGAAGGUCUAUGUCAGGAAUGGAUUGACAGUAUACAAAGCAUUCUCUCAGGUAGGGUAUCUUUUUGCCGUCACUCUCUAUACUGGACAUGUGAAAUGUAAAAAUACUGUGUCAUGAGAAAGUUAACAAUCAGUUGGGAGAAAUAUAACCUGGAAGUAAUAAAUAUUAAACAAAAUAUUUUUUGUCUGAAAUCAAGCUCACCAUUUGGAAAUCAAAACGCUUUUGGCAGAGUCAUGUGUAACCCAUGAGCAAAGUAGGAAAGUGCAAGGAGAGUGAAGGGAGAAGGUUGAGGAAGAGCUUGUCACAAUGACCCAGCAACUCUUGCAAUUUCUAAAUGGAGAGCUUUAUCACAAUCAUCACUACAAUAUUUUACGCUUCCAAAGUAGUCAUUCAUCUGACAGUAAUUUUAUGUCCUGUUUUACCAGACCAUUUGUUUUCGUUUUUGUUUAUUUUUUGCAAAAUGUUACAAUGUUGGGAUACAAGCGUCAGGAGACAUCAGCUAGUGUUACAUAGUAGCCGCGCGGGUAAACACCCGGCCCCAGCUCUCACUGACAACCCUGCAGAUCUCAAAUAUUAACAAUAUUACAUUAGCAAGGAUACAAUGUAUAUACCUGUCCAGUAUUAUCAGGGAUAUUACUAAGAUUUCAAGUUUGCAGGUAAAACAAGAAGUAGGUGGGCAAUUAAACAGCUAGGGGUUUCGUUUGGUUCUAUUUUUCUUCUAUUUUCCUAAGAAAGUAGGCGGGGAAAAUACCCAGUCUCCACGUCUUAAUGACAGCCCUGCAUAUUAUAACACUUUUUCAGGUUUUAACCGACCAAAAAGAUUGUUAGUGUUUAUAAAUCCUGUUGGUGGCAGAAAACUGGGCUGUAAAAUAUACAUGGAACAAGUGCAGCCAUUGUUUGAACUGGCAAAUAUCAAGGUUGAUAUCAUUGGUGAGUAGCUAACUAGUGUACAUUGUAUACCUGCCAACUUUUUCUCAGUCAAAUGCAUGAGAUCCUCACCUUGUCAUGACAGGGAUUUUCAAAAAUGUCUCAGCGACUUCUGAAGCUUUCCUACAGUUUUCAGAAGACUUCUGAAUGCUGCUGAAAACAUCUGAAGAUGUUCCGACCACCUCUGAGCAUUUUUCAAGCUAUUUAAAAGACAACAAUUUUAGUGUGUUUUGAUUGAGUUAGGAACACAAAUCAUCAUUCAAUGCCUUCUUGGAUUAUUUUUGUGGAAAUCAUUUUGAAUUUUCACUGUUUAUCAAUUUGUUUAAGAACAAUUUGUGUGGAUUUGUGAAUCAGGCAUGAGAAAUUGUUCUUGAUGCAUGAGAUCAAUGUCUAAAGUCCACGGGCAUGAGACUCAUGUAUAAUAUGUGAGAGUUGGCAGGAUUAACAUUGUAAUAAUGCAAGUCGAAAAAUUUGAGUUUAUUUUUAUUGUUAUAAGCUUUGUAUAAACGAAUCCCAGAGAGAUAAAUGAAGAUGUGUGGUAACUUCUAAAUGUAUUAAUUUUUUUGAAGUUUCUCUAGGCUUUCAUUAAUUUGUGAAGGUAGGGGAAAAAGCAAACAUAACUAGAUAUUUGCUAAUUCCUGUCAUUGUCAAAAUAGUGCUUUGUGUAGCCAGGUCUGGGCUCAUUUUCUAAUACCCAAGGGAAAUCCUCAGCCCUCAGCACUUGAUGACCGACCUGCCUCUUAACUUUUGCAGCAUUGUCUGAUGUAAGAUUUUAUGCAAAGUGACCUUAAGACUUGUACUGGAUAGUAAAGCAUGAUUGUUCAUGUGGGCAGUGCAUUUACAGAGUGACUUGUGUUAAGCCAAUUUCUUGUGCAUUUUUCACCAAUUAUAGAACUGUUGUUAGUGGUGGAGUGGAUAUGUCAAACAGGUAUCUUAUUUUUUUCAGUUACUCAAAGAGCUAACCAUGCCAGAGAUUACCUCUUAGAAGAAGGCCUGGAGAAGAUAGAUGGGUAGGAUAGUUUCACCAUUAUAUUUGUCUUUCUGGAAUUUUUUUACCUAACUAUAUCUACCUAUAAAUGUAGCAGUGAUUCCUUUCUGUAUCAACCCUCUCUAAUACCCUAUUCACAACAAAGUUUACACUUGCUUAAAAGCCGUUAGUUGAACACGCUUUAAAUUUAUUUUCUUCAUACAAAAGCUACUUACUUUACUUCAAUUACAGUAAUAGCCCGCGUAUAAGAACCUGGGUUUUAAGAACCUGUUAGGCUAAAAUUUUCAUUUUAAGCCCCCUCCACAUAAGAACCUAUUUAGGCUAAAAUUUUAAGUUAGGUUCUUAUCAGUGGGGUUGCUGUAAAAGUGUAUAGGUAGAAACUGCUGUAUUAAGAUCAUCAUCUAGGACAUAUGCUGUACCUGCACUGAACUGCCUAUAGGCAUUGCUCUAUGGUACAAAUAAAUGAUUUAUACUGUAUUAUGAGAUGAUAUUUAUAAUAUAUAUGUAGUAUAUUCAGAUGAAAUUCAUAUGAAAAUAUAAGAACCUAUUUUAAGAACCUCGGUAGCCUAAAUUUGCUUUAAGUACCAUUUAUAUAAGAACCUAUUUAGGCUAAAUUGAAAAAUUCAGGUUCUUAUACGCGGGCUAUUACUGUAUUGAUGGCAAAUUUAUAUUUAGUGCUAUUUGCAAAUGACUCAAAAUUAAUAGGGACUGCACAAUCACCACAAACCAUUCAAUCAGACUUACACCGCUUAUCCCAUUGGGCUGAUGUGUGGCAAAUGAAAUUUAAUGAAUCAAAGUGCAGCGUCUUGCACAUUGGUAAGGAUAACCCUAAGAGUAACUACACGAUGGGUUAUUCUCACAAACAAGUGGUAGAAAAGGAAAGAGAUCUGGGAGUGGUUGUUUCAGCUGGUGAUUCCCUUUGUUGGGAAGAACAUUAUGAGGAGUAAUUGGAAAAGCAAAACAAAUGACCUCAUUAAUCAUUAGAAAUAUAGUAUCUGGAGAACUAGAAGUUCUUAUACCAUAGAAAAGGAAGCUUUCGUGUGGAGAAGAUCUUCGUGAUCAUUAUUUGCCCACAUUUCUACUAACUCUGUUAUAACUAACUUUAUCAAUAAUUAAUACAUUUCUUAUAACAGGGUUAGAGUUUUCAUGUUAAUUUUAGGGUCAUUUCUGUUGGCGGAGAUGGCAUGUUUCAUGAAGUACUCAAUGGUCUCCUCAUAAGAGCACAGCGGGAUGCCAUGUUGGAUUCAAUGUCACAUGACUUUGAACCAGUCCCCCUCAACAUCCCUAUAGGAAUCAUUCCUGCUGGAUCAACAGAUGCUGUAGCUUUUUGUACAACAGGAAACAACGACCCUGUAACCUCAGCUCUUCAUGUUAUAUUAGGUUAGUAAACACUAUGACCAUUUUAUUCCUUAUAGCUGCCAAAGACGAAUUACAAAAAAAAAUCAGAUUUCUCCUCUGGACAAUGCCAAGGCCAAGUAAAUAAAAGAAAAAUGUUUCUUGUCUGGAUUUUUAUUUAAAAAGAGAGCGGGCGGGCUAUUUCUGACUUUUCUAUUAUUGCUAAGUGAAUGCUUUCUUUAUCACCCUCCACCAGAGAUACGUUGGAGUUCUUUGGUAAAAAGAUACCAUUAAAUGGUUUAUUCUGAUACAUGUUUUAAACCACAUGAUGUGUGACUGAUACAAUUAAUAGGUAUGGCAAUAUACACCAGUGUCAUCUUUAGAUUUGUGAAGCUCCGAAUUCGGUUUUGUAGCGUGUGGAAGGUUUGCUCAAUUGCUCAAUUUGUUUUAAGGACAAUCUUAUUGACUGAGAACAUUUAGAACAAUCUCAAUUGAUAACAUAUUGUGCAUUAAUUAUUUGUUUGUUUGUGUUUUUAUCAAUCAAAAUUCACGUAGCUUAACAUUGGAGCUCAUUGGGUCUGGAGGGGUUUAUUCGGCCAAAAUACAGGAAGGGAAUCCGGAAACGUUAUCGGGACACGGGAUUUGACCAAAUCGGGAAAUUUUAAGCGGGAUACGGGAUUUGACCAAAAUGCAGUGCGAGAUUCGGGAAACGUUAUCGGGAUACGGGAUUUUACUGCAAUUCGGGAAUCGGGAUUCGCCAAAGUUUGUGCACGCGUGCGGGAUUGGGAAAGAAAAGGAUAUUCAGGAUGGCGAUGACGGAAGCUCGGGGUGAGAGGUUCUCGUGAAAAGGGAGCGGGAAUGCCCGGACCUCCCUCUCCAGACCCUGUUAGCAAUACGAAACAAAGGCAAUCAAGUAGGCCUCUUUAUACUCUUGGACUGAAAACCGCUGUACAACUAAACAUGCGCAGGUGACAUGCAGCCGCUGGACGUCUGCUGUGUUAAAAGAAAGAGUGAGGUAUUACGUUACAGCGUUGUCAUGGCAGCCUAUGGGUUUUUUGGUGAUGUUAUGCAAGAUAGCGAGAAGCUUCGCUGGAUGGGACCCAAGAGAUACGAUGUUGCUGGUUUUAAAAAAUUCAUGUCAAACAGGUAAGUUCUGAUAAUUUGCUGAUGUUGUGAUGCCGACUAUCUUACUUUCAAAACGUUUCGGCUAGUGCUUAAGCUACGGUAAAACGGGCGACAAAAACGCGCAGUUUGUAUUGCAACAUUGGUGUAAAACGAGUUGAGAAGCUAUGUUGCGCAUUUUACCACCCCCUUAACUUUCCAUCCGGAUUUUCCGGGACGUUUUCGUAAAUAGUAAACAACCACUUUUUGGUUCAGUUUCUUCAGAAAAUCAAUUGUUAUCUUCCAACAGGGGGUAUGAAGGAAUAGUAACGUUUUUGGCAGUUCAAAAUGGAGACACUGGUCCUCAAGACAGAACUAGAUGUCGCUCAGGGUGAGUACUAAAGUCGGAAUCAGGUCUUUUCGCCUGAAGGUCGAUUCGCCCGAUGGGAGUUUCCUCGGACUUCAGUUGAUUCGCCCGAUGCAUAUUUGUCGUUCUUUAAGCCUGAAAAGGAAAAACUGUGAAAAGGCGGUGACUACACAUAUGGAAUCUAAACUUGCUAAAUCUAAACUUCUUAUGUUCACUUCGUUGUGGAGUGUUGUAUGUCUUCGGGCGAAUCGACAUAAGUCAGGGCGUAACCUCCUCGGGCGAAUCGACCUUUGGGCGUAACGAUCGCACGGAAUUCCUUCGUGCUCAGCUUUGUUACUUGCUUCCUCUCACGAUACUUUUUCCCCUAAACAGUCAAGGAACAGAUGAAUGUAAAUAAUUUAGAAAUAUCUAAAAAUAAAAAUUUUGAAAAUAAAUUCUAUCAAGAAAUAAACAGGUACACGUAGCCCUUAGUUUGCUUGGUUCGUGAAUGUGGUUAAAAAAUUCAGAAUGUCAGGUUAUGGAAGACCCUGUAGAUCACAUCGACUGGAACUUGAUUUAGUGCAGAGUGGCUUUAGUGAAAAUGAGGGCUUGUCAGGGGUUUUUAUGUUUGUAGGCUCACAAACCGGGCUCCGUCCAGGUUAAGCCACGGUAACCUGUCUUGUAACAAAUCAGGUAGUUUCAAGUCGCGUGUGAAUACUGACUUCUCUGUUCUCAUUGGAUACAAUUACAAGGGAGUCACGCAAGGCACUUGUCUUUUGUCUUUUAGAUGUGGCGUUUGUAAUGAUGUUUUCGACUCCCGUGUACAACAGACCUCAGAACAGCAUUCUAACGGUAAGUUGAAGGGGAAAAAACCUAAUCAGAAGCUUAUUAGCUGGUGUUGCACGGGGGCGGGGGAGAAGGGGAAAAAGAGGAAAUUAGGGAGAGAGGGACGCUAUUCCCUUUCGCGUUCUUCUCCCCCUUCCCUCUCCUCCCUUCCCCUCUUUGGCACCUGCCUUGCUUGCAAGAAGCUGAUGAAAUUUCACGGUUCCAUGUUGUUAUGUUUAAGUAAUGAUCCGGGUAAGGUGGAUAGCAAUUUCUUUUGUUAUGCGGCAACGGUGCUUUCCCCACAUAGGAAUGUUCUCAUUUUUACACAGAGAAUGCAUAAACCUACAUGAAGGCCGUUAACGCAAUAAAAUGCAUUUACACUCCACUUUUAAAGGUGUUUUUUGUGUUAAAAGAUUUUGUCCAAUCACAAGAGUUGAAAACAAGAGCCGAGAAAGUGUACAAUUUUACAUGUUCCCCACAUAGGAUUUCUUUGUUAUUCAAACUGAGACUAGAUUUUGUUAUAUGGAAGAUGGUUGGAAAGUAAGGACGAAUAUAUGUACCGCUUUAUGAAGUUUUGUUAACUUUUUCUGUUUAAGCCAGUCAGAAGUAAGUACAGACAAUAGAAAAGUUAGCACCUUUUUUGCAUUCCAACAUGUUCGUUGCCGUUGUUGCUAUCGUUCUUAUCUGGACCGUUUCUUAAAACUCCAGCUCAAACUUAUCAUGAUUAAAGUUAUCACUAAUUUAUGCGCCGUGCUGUGAAGUUAAAUAUAGCACUGACGCUAGAUUACCUAUCUAUUUCUUCUGUUUGCACUUCAGCUUCCAUGUGGCAGUCAGUGAAAGGUCGCUUCAUCAGUGUGAUUGGAGCCAACAUAUCUUGCGCAUGUGCAAAGAGCCCUGAAGGCCUGUCUCCCAGCGCUCAUCUGGCUGAUGGCUGUAUGGAUCUUAUACUUGUUAAACAUACUUCACGCUUUCAGUAUCUCAAACAUAUGCUUAGAAUCACCUCUAAAGCCGAUCAGGUCAGUACCAAUCAUUGUUUUAUAAGGGCGAGAUCUUAGAGAAAAGAAAGCGGAGUGUUGUUCAGAAGUGCCAUAUUCGCCACUCUAGAUACGAGAAGGAAACUGGGGCCCGUUUCUCGAAAGGCAUGCCUGCGAAGUUGAACUCGACUCAACUUCGCAGGCAUGCCGGCGGUAAAGACUGAGAUGACCAGUGUUGCCAGCCACUUCUUCUCGCUUCUCAGGCGGCGAAUAGGGAGAUGAAAAUUAUAGUUGAAGUUUUCCAAAGUAGGGUAAAUUACGGCUCAUUUUCACGUCUUCCACGGUCGUUCUUUUAACGAAAUCGGUACUUGAAUGCAAAGCUUCUCUUAGAGAUGUAUCCCGUACCUCAUUCUCAGUGUUUUGCGAACUCUUUCUCAUAUAAGAGAGCGAGAAAAACCAAACAGGAGAUAAAGACCUUGGCCGUCUUACGCGUUUGGAAAAGAAGCAACUGCCGCGCAUUUUUCGCUUCAUUUCGAUCAAAGGGUAAAAAAGCAGACUUCAGCGCAGAUGCUCUUGUCAAAACUAACCUCUCAAAUGUUACGAUCCUUGUAAACCGUCGUUCUUUAUAACAUCUUUGCCUUUGAGUCCUAUAUUAAAUUGCGCUGGAAAUAAUCCCCUCCUUUGCUGUUUUUUAAUCCGUCACACAGUUCAACUUUGAUUUUGUGGAAGUUCACCGUGUGCGCGAGUUUCACUUUCGUCCUUCUAACGAAGAAAGUGACGCUGGUCAUGAAGUCGAUGGAGUCGAGGAAACGGACACCAGAGAAGAUGAUGAAGAGCGGCUGGCCGCGAAAACAUCAUCAACUGCGCCACGACCACGCGCCAGGAGCCUGUGGAAUGUGGACGGAGAACUCGUUACUCAUCCGGCGAUACAUAUCAAGUAAGAAUUAUGGCAGUGAGGAGAUUAAUUUAAUUUAAUUACUUCAUAGGGAACUCAUAACUAUUGAAAGCCCAGCCCCCUUAGAUCAACUCGCAUACUUGCGUACUUUCACCUCAGGAAGUAACGCGAAAACACUACACCGUGUUUUGAUUAUUUAUUUAUUUAUCUAUUUUCUAGGGUUCACCGACAACUUAUUCGCCUCUUUGCUAGAGGAAUUGAAGAAUGUGAAGAUACACCGGCUUGCGCAAUUUGCAGAAGGCAUUGA